GGAGGAUGAUAUCAAGCGUUGCAGAAUAAUUGCCACGUGUAAGAAGACUUUCAUUCCUGUAGACGGAGGGGAGGGGAGGGGAGGGAGGAGAGGAGAGGGUGAAUCUGUUCAGCAACCACGUCGAGAUGGACGGCAAACGGAGAAGGAUAAAAUCGAUCGGCAUGGAAGAUGACGUGGACGAGAAGACGGUGCUUGAUUUCCACACGGCCUUCAAAGGCAGUUUGUUCGAGAAGUGCCACGUGUCCCCUCUGCAAUUGGCUGUGCUGGACACGUGUCCGUUCACCGAUAUCGCCCUAGCGUUCUUCCGCUUUCUUUCUACGCCAUGGAGAAUCCGAUACAUGAGAUUUGACCCUAAAGGCUUCGCCAAUCUAUUUGGAUUAUGGUAUUGCAGAUUUCGCUGUGGACCACAGGCCGUAGGAUUGCAAGAAGAAGCCCGUCCGAUCGAGCCGCAGGUCACGGUGCUCGCCCAGCUCCCGGAGGAAGAAGCUGGUACGAUCGCACAGGACCUGGUCCACAACUUCGUGGCCGAGUUCCUAGGCGACCGUGCUCCUGGUCAUCGUUAUCAUGGCAACCCGCAUCGUUGUUAUAAUUCUGAUUCUGUUUGCGCCACAUUUCCAGGGAGCAAUGAGUGCAAAAAAGAGUUACUGCAACAAUUAGUGGACCGCGACGGCUCCCCGCUGCCCGGCCAGGUCUAUUGUUUUGCUAAUCUUCUUUUACGCUAUUCCGUUUCGCUCAAAGCUUUUGCCUGGAAGCUAGGUUUUCGCCGCUAUGGUCGGAACGCUCUCCGUGAGAACGAUGAAGCUCUGGCCCAUCGAAUGUUUGAGCGUGCCCAGGGCCCUCAAAGACUCAUCCACUUGAUUCGGGAUCCCGUCAGAAUCUACAUCGUCGAUUACGAUCUCAUCAGCUUGGACGGCCAGCAUCUCCCCCUCAGGAUAUGGCUGUGGGAACGUAUAACUCCCCCUUUUGAAUCGAAACAGUGGUUCGCAGGCAUUCAUGAGCGAGACACGGGAAAGCUUCUUGCCCAAACCUGUGGGUAUACUCAUUAUACAGAUGUUACGAUACUUUCCGAAUUAGGAAAGCAUAUGGAGGAAAAGUACAAGCCACAUGGUGACAUCCCCACAUCUCUGAGAAGAUGCUGGAGCUUUGGGGGUGGCAUGAAGUGGGUUUUCCGACAAGGCGGGCUCUUCCUUGAUGAGGCUCUCGAUCGAGAAGCACAAGAAGGAGGAGGAGGAGGAGGAGAAGGAGGCGAAGAAGAAGAAGAAGAAGAAGAAAAAGAAGAAGAAGAAGAAGAAGAAGUAGAAGAAGAAGACGAGGGAGGAGGAGGAGGAGGAGGAGGAGGCGGCUAGAAGAAGAAGAAGAAGANGGAGGAGGAGGAGGAGGAGGAGGAGGAGGAGGAGGAGGAGGAAGCGGAGGAGGCGGCAAAGAAGAAGAAGAAGAUGAAGGAGGAGGCGGAGGAGGAGAAGGAGGGGGAGGAGGAAAAGAAACUGGAAAGGGUGGGUUUAAGGAAUCGGAUGACAAGGAGUAUAUCAGACAGAGCAUGCCCCUUUUCUCGGGAGGAGGUUCGGUAGGCCUGCAGUUGACAAACCCUCCGCGGUACGUUGAGUUCCUUGGCCGUUCCGAGCUCGAGCAGUUGAUUCCUCUUGCCGCUUCUUUGAUUGGACUCGACAGCCGCGAUGGUCUCGAGUUCGA